GGCUGGCCAUAGCAUCACUUGCCAAGUGCAACUGCCUAGACAAGGAACGUUUGUACUUUCUCUCUCUAUCUUUCAGCCAAAUGGAUUCCAAACUUGCCACUCGGACUGAAAUCCUGGCGGACAACUCAAUGUCUGUUGUCUUUGAACGCAACCGCCUCAAGGAUAUGGGUCUAAAUUACGAAUCUCACGAAGCAACAAUACAGAAGAAUAUGACGAAAAUCAAGGAAAACGUGCAUACUCUAGAGUCACAGCUUAACAGAGUGGAACAAACUGGUGCUUCCAAUGUCAAGGACGACGAAAACAAGCUCAUUGAGCUUCAGAUAAAAGUAGAUAAGCUGGAAGCUCUGCUCGCAGACAAAGGUGAUGAGGACGCUCGACAGGUGCUGUUGGGAAAUGUCUCGCGAGCGAAUUCCAGUAAAAUUGUGCGCUUCUCAGACGAUACCGAGGUCAAUCCCCGCGAACUAGAGAAUGGACAGAUUUUGCAACUGCAGUCUCGAAUGAUGGACGAUCAAGAUCGAAAUCUAGACAUGCUGAGCGAGGCCGUCGGCCGUCAAAGAGAACUAGGUUUGCUUAUUGGAGAUGAACUAGAAUCUCAUGUUCAGCUCAUAGAGGAAACGGAUGAAAUGGUUGAUCGUACAGAUACCCGCCUGCGAAAUGCUCAGAAGAGACUGAAUUAUGUUGGUCGAAGAGUCAAAGACAACAAAUCGAUAUGCAUUGUCAUUGCUCUUAUAAUCAUUCUCUUCUCUUUAAUUGCCAUUUUCCGAUAGUGAUGUCAUGUAGCCUGCCUCCUUGUACAAUAUUUCCAACAUUCACUAUUAAUUCCUCUUCUCAUUUGUGCUAUAAUACAAGUAUAUAUGGAGCUCUACCAUUCGUAAUAUGUAAAGGCUUAUACUUUUAUCAAGAGGA